AUGGGUUCUGAGCGUGAGAACAAGACAUUCCUCGCGCGGCUCUGCGAGCAGGCCGAGCGCUACGAUGAAAUGGUCACCUACAUGAAGGAAGUUGCCAACAUCGGCGGUGAGCUUACUGUCGAUGAGCGUAACCUUCUCUCGGUCGCCUACAAGAACGUUGUUGGCACCCGUCGUGCCUCGUGGCGCAUUAUUUCCUCCAUCGAGCAGAAGGAGGAGUCCAAGCGUUCCGAUUCCAAUGACCACGUUAACACCAUCCAUGAGUACCGUGCCAAGAUUGAGCUUGAGUUGGAGAAGGUCUGCGAAGACGUCCUCAAUGUCCUUGAUGAGGCCCUGAUCCCCAAGGCCGAGACUGGCGAGUCCAGAGUCUUCUACUACAAGAUGAAGGGUGACUACCACCGCUACCUCGCUGAGUUCGCCUCCGGGGAGAAGCGCAAGGUUGCUGCCACCGCUGCCCACGAGGCCUACAAGAACGCGACCGAUGUUGCCCAGUCCGACCUCACUCCUACUCACCCCAUCCGCCUUGGUCUCGCCUUGAACUUCUCCGUAUUCUACUACGAGAUCCUUAACUCCCCUGACCGUGCAUGCCACCUCGCCAAGCAGGCCUUCGACGAUGCUAUUGCCGAGCUCGACUCCCUCUCCGAGGAGAGCUACCGCGACAGCACUCUGAUCAUGCAACUCCUGCGCGACAACUUGACCCUUUGGACUUCUUCUGAUAACAUUGAGAGUGAGGCCCCCAAGGACGAGGACAAGCCUGAAGAGGCUCCUGCCGCUGAGGAGCAGGCCGAGGAGGCCAAGCCUACCGAGACUGAAGAGUAA